GGACAUUUUAACAAAUAGAUCAUGGCCACCAUAGAAGAAAUUGCACAUCAGAUUAUUGAACAACAGAUGGGUGAGAUUGUUACAGAACAGCAAACUGGGCAGAAAAUCCAGAUUGUGACAGCACUUGAUCAUAAUACCCAGGGCAAGCAGUUCAUUCUGACCAACCAUGACGGUUCUGCUCCAAGCAAGGUCAUUCUGGCCAGGCAGGAUGCUACUCCUGGAAAAGUCUUCCUCACAGCUCCAGAUGCAGGAGGUGUCAACCAGUUGUUUUUUACAACUCCUGAUCUGUCUACACCUCAACUUCAGCUCUUAACAGAUAAUUCUUCUCCAGACCAAGGACCAAAUAAGACUUUUGAACUUUGUGUAGUAUGUGGAGACAGAGCAUCAGGGCGUCAUUAUGGGGCAGUAACUUGUGAAGGCUGCAAAGGAUUUUUUAAAAGAAGCAUUCGAAAAAAUUUAGUGUAUUCAUGUCGAGGAUCAAAGGACUGUGUCAUUAAUAAACACCAUCGAAACCGCUGUCAGUACUGCCGGUUACAGAGAUGUAUUGCAUUUGGAAUGAGACAAGACUCUGUUCAGUGUGAAAGAAAACCCAUUGAAAUGUCACGAGAGAAGUCUUCUAAUUGUGCUGCUUCAACAGAAAAAAUCUACAUCCGCAAAGACCUUAGAAGCCCAUUAGCUGCAACUCCAACUUUUGUAACAGAUAGUGAAACAGCAAGGUCAACAGGAUUAUUGGAUUCAGGAAUGUUUGUGAAUCUUCAUCAGUCUGGAGUAAAAGAUGAGUCAGCUGUGCUGAUGACACCAGAUAAAGCUGAAUCGUGCCAGGGCGAUUUGAGUACAUUGGCUAGUGUAGUCACAUCAUUAGCAAAUCUUGGAAAAGCCAAAGAAGUUUCUCAAGAUAGUAAUGAAAUGCCUAUGACGGACAGCUUAAGCAAUGGAGAUACAUCUCUGUGUGAAUUUAACCAGGAAGUACAGAGCAAUGGUGAUGUUUCAAGGGCAUUUGACACUCUUGCAAAAGCAUUGAAUCCUGGAGAGAGCACAUCCUGUCAGAGCUCAGUAGAGGGUGUGGAAGGAAGCAUACACCUAAUUGCUGGAGAUUCGAGUAUAAACUACAUCGAAAAAGAGGGGCCACUUCUCAGCGAUUCACAUGUAGCUUUCAGGCUCACCAUGCCUUCUCCUAUGCCUGAGUACCUGAAUGUGCACUACAUUGGGGAGUCUGCCUCCAGACUGCUGUUCUUAUCAAUGCACUGGGCACUUUCGAUUCCUUCUUUCCAGGCACUAGGUCAAGAAAACAGCAUAUCUCUCGUAAAAGCUUAUUGGAAUGAACUUUUUACUCUUGGUCUUGCCCAGUGCUGGCAAGUGAUGAAUGUCGCAACUAUCCUGGCAACAUUUGUCAAUUGUCUUCACAGUAGUCUUCAACAAGAUAAAAUGUCACCAGAAAGGAGAAAAUUAUUGAUGGAGCACAUCUUCAAACUACAAGAAUUUUGUAAUAGCAUGGUUAAACUCUGCAUUGAUGGAUAUGAAUAUGCCUACCUGAAGGCAAUUGUACUCUUCAGCCCAGACCAUCCAGGCCUAGUAAACAUGGAACAGAUUGAGAAGUUUCAGGAAAAGGCUUAUGUGGAAUUUCAAGACUACAUAACCAGAACAUAUCCAGAUGACACAUACAGGCUAUCCCGAUUGCUUCUCAGAUUGCCAGCUCUGAGACUGAUGAAUGCUACUAUCACAGAAGAACUUUUUUUCAAAGGUCUGAUUGGGAAUGUAAGAAUUGACAGUGUCAUCCCACAUAUUUUAAAAAUGGAGCCUGCAGAUUACAACUCUCAAAUCAUUGGUCACAGCACUUGAAAGUUGUCGUGGCAGUUGCUAUAAACUUACUGUUCCUUGUUGGAAUACAAGACCACACCAAAUCGAACUCAUUGCUUCCAGGCCAUCUGGAAAUUGUGACUUUUAAAAGUAACCAAAAUCCAAGGUAUUUUUACUUGAGCUUCCUGAGAAAGAAUGUUUGACACGACUGGGUAGGCAGAGAGAAUUAGGUUUCCUUUCUGUCUUGUACAAAUGAGUAAAAAAAAUACUGUGUUUCUGUAUGUGGUGAAGAUGACACCAGAAAGUCAUUUCUUUACCAUCUAAACUACGAUCUCAUUCUGUUUAAUUUUAUAAAAUAAAUUGUCUGGCUUUUUCCUGAAUUGUGUUCUAUUCAUAUGUAAUAUCCUUAUGAACUAGUACACUUAGUAGUCGAAUGUCCCUAGGGAUGAACUUCCCUUUUACUCUUCCAAAUGUAAUUGUUUUUAUUACCAGGUUGAAGGUAUUUUAUUACCAUUUUAUGCUCAGUGGUAUAAUGAUAAUGUUAGAACUAUAGGAAAUAAUAAUAAUUGAAUAUAUAUUUUUGGCUUUUGUAAAUAUCAAGACGUCCUUUAGCAUAUAUCACUCUCAUUGCUGGCAAUGAGACCUAGGUCAUUGAUUUUUAGUGUUGUAUGAUAUUAGUUACAAGCACUUUCUAUAUAUGUGGUUUUGAGAAUGAGGUUUUUGGUUAACCCAUUUUUGGUUUACUUCUGUUUUAAACAUAUUAGAGACUGAGCCCAAAAUGCUUUCAACAUUUUAAGAUAGGUAUUAAAAUUGUUCUUCCAUUCCACAAAAAGCACCCACCUCACCCUUCUCUUUGGCCUGUGGUACAAAGUCUUGGCUUUUUCCUGGGGUUUAGCCAAUAUCUGUUAGAUUAGAAAAACGCAAUGAGUUUUAAAGUAGUGGGUGUAUCAUAGCUAUCUUUGUUUUCAAAAUGGAUUCAUCCAUUACUUUAAAGCUUUUCACUGGGAAGCAGGUUCUGCAGUUCCACUAGUGUGAUGAUCAGCAGAGCCUGUCACUGCCACUACAGCUGGAUUGGUACACUCCACACAUGCCAUUUCACAUGUCACCACAGGCAGAUCUCUUACUGUCAUGAUGAAUUAUUUAAGUACAUCUAUUGUUUGAUUUUUUUAAAAAACCAAAUAGAAGGUUUUACUGCAGUCAAAGUACAUUUUUGUUAUGAAGAUUUUUACAACAGACAAGAAGCUGAACUUGGAGGUAGGGGUGAAAUUUACUAAUAACUAACUUAAUAGUAAUGAAAAGUUUAAAAAUAUUAUCUUGUAAUCUUUACCAACUUAUUAAAGGAAACUUCUCCCUACUGAAAUCAUGUUUUGUUUUCAACAGCUUUAUAAUUAUCAGCUGGGAAAAAUGUGCAUUAAACAUAAAAUGCUGAAGUGGAAAAAUCAGUAGUUUAAAACUUUACAAAUACAAGAGAGUAAGCCAAGGACUUAAAAAAAAAGAAAGCAAUGUAUUAAUGGUUAAUUAAGAGACUUUCGGAUAUUUUUUCCCUGAUUAAAUUUGUAGUUACAUAUGGAAUUGUUUUUAAAACUAUA